AUGUCUUAUAAAGUGUGUGAAUCAAUUAAUACGAUCGAUAAAUAUUUUGAUGAUGAUUCGAAAACCCCGGAAAAACAUAAUUCUAUAGGUUUUUUAAAUAUGUUUUUCCCUGGAAGUAGCUGUAAUAGUGAUGAAGAAAAGAUUAUCUCUGGUUUUAUAUUGUUACUAAGUCUUUUUAAUGAUAUUGAUGAUAAAAAUAUAGAUGGUGAUAAACUUGUUGAAUACGGUAUUUUAUGGUUAAGUUAUAAACUAAAUCAAAAAAAACAAUAUGGAACGACCAAAUUAGACGAUUUUUAUAUUAAAAAUAUAGAAACAAAUAGUUGUUAUAAGGAAAAUAUAUCUAAUUCUAUUGAUAGUAAUGGUAAAAUUAAUAUGGGUGUUAUAGAUAAAAAAAUAAAAUCGAUGAAAAUGAAUAUUAAAGAUAUAUCUAAUUUUUAUGAUCUAUUUAAAUCAUUAUGUAACGUGUAUAGUGAACUUGAUCCAAAAAAAACCCAAUGCAAGACAUGUUUAGAAAAUGCUGAAGAAUUUUUUGAAAAACAUGAAAAACUUAAAAAUGACUUUGAUAUUACUGAAGAAGAUUCUUAUUCUCAACUAUGGUUAAGUUUAUCAAAAGAUUAUAAAAAUUUUGAAAAAAAAUAUAAUAGUGUUAAAUGUGAACAUGUCUCAUCACUUGUAGCUUGUCCACGAAGUUCAGUAACAAAAAAUACAUUAAUUACAAUUGCAAUUAUAUUUGUUGCAGCAUCAAUUUUAUUGGGAGUUUCUUAUAAGUAUUCGUUAUUUGGAUUUCGGAAACGAUCUCAAAAACAACAUUUAAGAGAAAUGCUAAAAAAAUAA